AUGCCAAGGGUUGAGCGCUCACCACCACCUACUCCCACACAUGAGAUGAAUGUCCAACCCGUUUUUUCAACUCCGGAAGUGUACCAAAACAUGAACGAACGUGAAAAUUCAAAUACUACUUCACGAACAAAGCGCUUACGGCCUGAUUUCUCCCCGGAAUGUGAACUGAAAUCCUUCGAGGAAAAGGUAAUGCAGAUGCUUACCUUGUGGAAAGGCGAACAGGAUGUUCUGCUUGAGAAAUUGUCAUCGGAAAUAUCGGCCAUUAAGCUUCAAAAUGCAGAGAUAAAAAAAAUGAAUGCUGAUGUGUUGAAAUCAACUGAAUUCUUAAGCGCUGACUAUUACAUAGUGGACCUGGAAAAGAAAGUGGUUGAUCUACAGCUCGGCUCGCGUUCGUCCUGCAUAGAAAUUAGGAAUGUUCCAUCAAAUGACAUGGAAACCAGUAGUGACCUGACAUCUAUUGUCCACAAAACAUGUGGUACAAAAAACUUUAAAUAUUGGGAUAAAAAAGGAAUACCUUAUUGCAGACCUAUCCCAUUCUUUGGCAACAGUUUCAGAAAAUAUUUGGGAAAGAUAAGCCCAACUGACCAAAUGACAGAAAUUUAUAGAAACUUCCCGGAAGCAAAGUGCGUUGGAUGCUUUGAGUCGGUUCACCCAGCGUUGGUGUUACGAGAUCCACAGUUAAUCAAACACGUUUUAGUGGCAGAUUUCCUCCAUUUUUAUCCAAAAGGUAUAAAUAUGCAUCAAACAGAACCACUUCUGAAUAAUAUUUUCUCUGCUGACGGCGAUUUGUGGAAAGUGUUACGGCAAAAGUUAACCGUUGGGUUUACGACGAGUAAGCUCAAGGCGAUGUAUCCCGUACUGCAGCAACAAGCUGACAGAUUAGAAAAAAUCGUUUAUGAAGCAACCGCUAAAUGUGAGGAAGUAGAUGUGCGGGAUUUAAUGGCAAGAUUUACGACAGAUGCAAUCGUUGCCUGCGGAUUUGGCGUUGAUGAGAAUUCUUUGAACGAUGAAUCCUCGAUUUUCAGAAAACUUGGAAAGAGAAUCUUUGAUAUAAAGUUAAGAGAUCAAUUGGUAUUUGCGUCAAAAUUUAUAGCAACAGAUACUUUUAAAAACUUCAGGAUAUUCGCUCCUGAAAUUGAAGAUUAUAUUACCAACAUAGUAAAAAGCAUUAUUAAGGCCAGGGACUACAAACCGAUAGGCCGAAGAGAUUUUAUUGACUUACUUCUAGAGUUACGUAAUAAGCAGACUUUGAUUGGCGGAUCUUUAACAAAACUGGACGAGAAUGGAUUACCAGAGAAAUGUGAAAUAGGUUUUGAUGAUAACCUUUUGAUUGCUCAAGCUUUUAUAUUAUUCGCAGCAGGAUAUGAAACUUCAGCAGCUACAUUAAGCUUCACAAUGAAUCAACUCGCCUAUAAUCCAGAAGUACAAAAAAAAUGUCAAGUAGAAAUUGAUUCAGUUUUGAAAGAACACGGCGAAAUGUCUUACGAAGCUGUUAUGAAAAUGAAAUAUCUGGAAAUGGUAUUCAAGGAAGGUUUGAGAAUGUAUCCUCCAAUAGGAUUUUUCGUACGACAAUGUGCAAAGAAAUAUACGUUUCCAGAAACAAAUUUGACAAUAGACAAAGGCAUUUCUGUUUUUAUACCAGUUCAAGCUAUUCAGAACGACGAAAAGCAUUUUGAAGAACCUCAUCAGUUUAUUCCCGAAAGAUUUGAUCCUAAAAAUAUGAAUAAUAUCAAAAAGUAUACGUACUUACCAUUUGGGGAUGGACCGAGGAUUUGCUUAGGCAUGCGUCUUGGCAUUCUGGAGUCACUAUUAGCAUUGGCGACGAUCCUUAGAAAGUAUACGAUAGUGCCAUCUGUGAAUAGUCGCCGGAACCUUAUCACGGACCCAACUAUCGCAUUAGUCCAGAACAUAAAAGGUGGAAUUCCUUUAAAAUUUGUGCUAAAAGCGACACAAUGA